AUAACCGACCUACCAGCAGGCAUUAUGUUUCCGGUCUAUUGUCGCCUCUCCGCCGUGCCGUCGUCUCUCCACGCCGGACCACCACGUCACUAACCACUUUCCCACAUCUUCUGCUUCUUAGCCAACAAGAUUUCAUAGGACGCUUUUGUUCUUGUAGGGCAUUGUCCAAAGGUUUAAACUUUAGGAGCAGAGUUGAGAAAGCUGUAUACUAUAUAAUCUAGUAGGUGUUCUUCCGAUGCUCAGGGUUCUAACUGGAGGUAGAUUGCUGCCAAACUGCAAACGUAACCAUAUUCCAAAACCUAUUCAGUCAGGUCGGUGUCUUCAUACAUCAUAUUUCCUUGCUGCAAAUCCUAUCCAAACUUCAUCAAAUGACAUUGGGAGCUGUGAUUGGAACAUUGAUAACGAUAUCUUGUUUCACUCAUGCACAAAUACCUACCUUGCCAAACGCCUUCAUGCAUUGCUUAUUGUGUCCGGGAAGGUCCAAAGUCUAUUCAUUUCCACAAGGCUGGUCAACCUUUAUGCAAAUCUUGGUAACAUCUCUUUAUCUCAACAAACAUUUGAUCAAAUCCCACAAAAAGAUGUUUACACGUGGAAUUCGAUGAUAUCCGCGUAUGGUCGUAAUGGGAUUCCUAGCGAUGCUGUCAGUUGUUUGUACAAAAUGUUAAAAAAUGAAGUUAAGCCCGAUUUUUAUACUUUCCCGCCUGUAUUAAAAGCGUGUCGCAAUUUGAAUGACGGGGUGAGAAUACAUGCAUGGAUUUCUAAAAUGGGGUUGGAAUGGGAUGUCUUUGUGGCUGCCUCUUUGGUUCAUAUGUAUUGUCGCUUUGGCUUAUUUGAUGCUGCGUACCAGAUUUUUGAAAAUAUGCCUGCACGAGAUAUGGGUUGUUGGAAUGCUAUAAUCUCGGGUUUUUGCCAGAAUGGAAAAGGUGAAAAGGCAUUAGAGGUUUUAGAUGAGAUGAAAUAUGCAGGGAUUACCAUGGAUUCUGUUACUGUAGCUACUGUUCUUCCCGUUUGUGCUCAAAAGGAUGAUUCAGUCCAAGGAAAAUUGCUCCAUAUGUAUGUCAUAAAAUAUGGGCUGGAAUCUGACUUGUUUGUUGGCAAUGCGUUUGUAAACUUUUACGGCAAGUUAGGUGAAGUAGAGAAUGCACAGAAUGUCUUUGAUAGUUUAGUGACCAGAGAUUUAGUAUCAUGGAAUUCAAUAAUUGCUGCUUAUGAGCAGAAUAAUAAUCCAGAUCAAGCACUGAACUUCUUUCAUGAGAUGCAAUUGAAUGGAUUUAAGCCAGAUUUGUUGACGCUAGUAAGUGUUGCCUCUAGUAUUGCGCAAUCUCGGGAUUCUUGGAGUAGCAGGUGUGUCCAUGGUUUUGUUCUAAGGAGAUAUUGGUUUGAAAAGGAUGUGAUAAUUGGAAAUGCGGUGGUGGACAUGUAUGCGAAACUAGGAGAUGUUGACUCUGCACGUAGACUUUUUGAAAGAGCCUCCCUUAAAGAUGUCGUAUCAUGGAACACAAUGAUUACAGGAUAUGGGCAAAAUGGUCUUGCAAAUGAGGCCAUUGAGGUGUACCAUAUGAUGGUAGAAACUUCCUCCAUAGCACCAAAUCAAGGAACUUGGGCGAGCAUUAUACCAGCUUAUGCACAUAUUGGAGCCUUAAAAGAAGGAUCAACGGCCCACGGGCGGGUCUUGAAAACAGGUCUACUUUUGGAUGUUUUCAUUGGAACAUGUCUCAUUGACCUUUAUGGAAAAUGUGGAAAAAUGGAAGAAGCAAUGAACUUAUUUUAUGAAGUACCCAGAGCGAAUUCGGUCCCUUGGAAUGCCGUGAUAUCGUGUCUCGGUAUCCAUGGUCAAGGAGAAACAUCCCUAAAGCUAUUUAGGGACAUGCUCGAUGAUGGGGUUCAACCUGACACUAUAACUUUCAUAUCCUUACUGUCGGCAUGUAGCCAUUCAGGGUUAGUUGAGCAGGGCCAGUGGUACUUUAGUGUAAUGCAAAAUGAUUACGGGAUUAAACCGAGCUUGAAGCAUUAUGGGUGCUUGGUUGAUUUGUUUGGUAGGGCUGGGCAACUGGAGAAGGCAUAUAGCUUUAUAAAAGAUAUGCCUUUACAGCCUGAUUCUUCAAUCUGGGGUGCUCUUCUUGGUGCUUGUAGGAUUUAUGGAAACUCAGAUUUGGGCAAGGUGGCUUCAGCUAAAUUAGUAGAAGUUGAUCCAGAUAAUGUUGGACAUUACGUGUUGUUGUCGAAUAUAUAUGCAAAUGCUGGUAAAUGGGAAGGUGUAAACAGUGUUAGAGCAUUAGCUAAUAGUAGGGGUUUAAAGAAGACUCCUGGUUGGAGUAACAUUGAAUUAAACAAUAAUGUAGAGGUUUUUUACGCUGGGAAUUAUUCGCAUCCCCAAUGUGAUCAAAUUUACGAAGAGUUGGAUAAGUUAAUGGCGAAAAUGAAAAUCCUUGGUUAUAAUCCAGACUACAGUUGUGUGUUGCAGGAUGUUGAAGAGGACGAAAAGCAACAUAUUCUUACAUAUCACAGUGAGAGAUUGGCGAUUGCAUAUGGAAUUAUUAAUACACCUCCUAGAACCCCUAUCAGAAUCUUUAAAAACUUGCGUGUAUGUGGGGAUUGUCAUACUGUUACCAAAUUUAUAUCUAAAAUUACUGAAAGGGAGAUCAUUGUGAGGGACGCUAAGCGGUUUCAUAAUUUCAAGGAUGGUAUAUGUUCUUGUGGUGAUUAUUGGUAGUCUUUUGAGUUCUUUCACUCAUCUUCCUGUUGUAUCUACUAGUGUUCUUGAAGGUGCCCUUGGUGCAUGCAAUUUUCUCAAAGAGCACAUAUCUGUUUUUAUAUCAUUUUGUUAACCUUCAAUGGUCUACUUUUCGUUUUUUUAGAUAUAGGCAUAUUCAUUUCUGGUGACUUUGAUUCACUGAUUCACUUUGGUAUGUAGUCAACAAUUGGAAGUUAGAAAUACUGAGCCCUGAAUUGCGAUUUGCAUACUGUUUCGAUUUACUUGUGCUCAUAGUAUAUCGUGUAUAUAUAUACAA